AUGGGCAGCGGAGGUGAUGUCUUGGUACCCCCACCGUGUGAUUAUGGUCCAAAUCUUAAGGUCAUUCCCAAGAAUGACCAAAUCAAGGAGUUGCAAACAAUUCUCAGGGAUAAGAACACCACAAGGAGUGAUUUUAAGUUCUACGCUGAUCGAUUGAUUCGGCUGGUGAUUGAGGAGAGUCUCAAUCAGCUUCCUUACUCUCCAAUAACUGUCUUAACGCCCACGGGAGCCAGCUACGAUGGGCUGAAAUAUCGUUCCGGGAACUGUGGGGUGUCAAUUGUGCGAUCCGGGGAGGCUAUGGAACAGGGUCUGAGGGAUUGCUGUCGUUCUAUUCGCAUUGGAAAGAUUCUGGUGGAGUCUGAUGCGGAAACGCAUGUCGCCCGGGUGGUUUAUGCUCGAUUCCCGGAAGAUAUCUCCCGGCGACAGGUUCUGCUCAUGUAUCCCAUCAUGUCCACAGGGAAUACAGUCAUCCAGGCGGUCAAUGUGCUCAAAGAGCAUGGAGUUCCCGAGGGAUGCAUCAUAUUGUCCAAUCUCUUUUGCACUCCAAUGGCUGCUAAGACAAUUGUUUCUGCCUUUCCGGAAAUGAAGAUUCUCACCUCAGAGCUCCAUCCCGUGGCCCCCAAUCACUUUGGACAAAAGUAUUUUGGUACUGAUUGAAGAUUUCUCUUGGUUUUCUUGUCUUUUUUGUACGAGAUUUUUUAGGUUAUGUUUUUAUCGAGUCAGAUUCCGGGAAUUGAAAAAGUCUUUCCGGGAAUUGUUUAUUUAAAAGAACACCCCAAAUAAAUAAAAUGUAAAAUUUUAGCUUCUCUAAGCCUCU